CAGCAGCGGAGAUGAAGGCCGACUCCGAUUGGCUCUGAUUUUUAAAAGCCCUUUUCAUUCAAAAGAGGUUGCCCAUUAUCAACAUGGCAGAGCAGUCGGCCCCAGUACCCUCUGCAAAAAUGGCGGCACUUAACCGGGUUCGAGCCUUUACUCUGGUUUUCUUAACUGUCAGCGGUUGUUUCGUUUGCACGACGAGUGGCAAGGAAGUGACAGAAGAGACGGUAAUCAUCGGUCUCAGGCUGGAGGACACGGACGAUAUUUCCUAUAUGGACAAGGGAUAUUUGCGGGUCAGCGAAAGGUCUCGUGUCAAGUUGAGGGUCUAUGGGCAAAACAUUAACAACGAGACGUGGUCCAAAAUUGCCUUUACAGAGCACGAGCGGACCAGAGUCAUCGGAGAUGGUGACAGCUCAGCUGGAAAUAAGAGUCGGGACGAUACGUCCAGUUUCCAUCCAUGUGGGAUCAGAACUUCGGAUAUUAUCAUCCUGCCCAACAUAAUCUUAAACAGAAAAACAUCGGGGGUAGUUGAAAUUGAAGUCAAACCUCUUCGGAAGACAGAGCGGAGUAAAGCGUAUUUCUUGUGCAUCGCCACCUCUGCGCACGCUGUGGCGGGCUUGCACGACCCGUGGACCGAGAACACUUGGAUUUAUCACGAUGGGGAUGACACGAAAGUUAUUGUGGUGGAGGAAAAAAAGUUUUUGCUUCCCUUCUGGCUGCAGGUCAUUUUCAUCUCGAUGUUGCUCUGUCUUUCGGGCAUGUUCAGCGGGUUAAACUUGGGUCUGAUGGCGCUGGACCCCAUGGAGCUACAGAUAGUUCAGAACUGUGGUACAGAAAAGGAAAAGAAUUACGCGAGGAAGAUAGAGCCCGUUCGCAGUCAAGGGAAUUACCUGCUAUGCUCCCUCCUUUUAGGGAACGUCUUGGUGAAUACCACAUUGACCAUUCUCUUGGAUGAUAUUGCGGGAUCUGGAUUGAUUGCGGUUGUGAUGUCAACCAUCGGGAUUGUAAUUUUCGGUGAAAUUGUGCCGCAAGCCAUAUGCUCAAGGCACGGCCUUGCAGUUGGUGCAAAUACGAUAUUCUUGACCAAAUUUUUUAUGCUGCUUACGUUCCCUGCGUCGUACCCAGUUAGCAAACUUUUAGAUUACCUUCUGGGCCAAGAGAUAGGAACCGUGUACAACAGAGAAAAACUACUGGAGAUGCUGCGAGUGACGGAUCCGUACAACGAUUUGGUCAAAGAGGAGCUGAAUAUCAUUCAGGGAGCACUUGAGCUCAGGACUAAGACCGUGGAAGACGUCAUGACACCGCUGAGAGACUGUUUCAUGAUCGCCGGGGAUGCCAUCCUCGACUUCAAUACCAUGUCUGAGAUUAUGGAGAGCGGGUACACGCGAAUCCCCGUCUUCGAGGGGGAGAGAUCUAAUAUCGUGGACCUGCUGUUUGUCAAAGACCUGGCGUUCGUGGACCCGGAUGACAGCACCCCGCUGAAAACCAUCACAAAGUUCUACAGUCACCCCUUGCACUUUGUGUUCAAUGACACCAAGCUGGAUGCGAUGCUGGAGGAAUUUAAGAAAGGUAAAUCCCACCUGGCCAUCGUGCAGAGAGUGAACAACGAGGGCGAAGGGGACCCUUUCUACGAGGUGCUGGGCAUCGUCACCUUGGAGGACGUCAUUGAAGAGAUCAUCAAGUCCGAGAUCCUGGACGAGACAGACUUGUAUACUGACAACAAGAGUAAAAAGAAAAUCACCCAUCGGGAAAGGAAGCAGGAUUUCUCGGCCUUCAAGCCCACAGACAAUGAGAUGAAGGUUAAAAUAUCACCUCAGCUUCUGCUGGCCACAUUGCGUUUCCUGGCAACAGAAGUAGAGCCCUUCAGCCCUGUUCAGAUGUCUGAGAAGAUCCUCCUUCGCCUCCUCAAGCACCCCAACGUUAUCCAGGAGCUGAAGUACGACGACAAGAACAAGAGGACCCCGGAGCACUACCUCUUCCACCGCAACAAGCCCGUCGACUACUUCAUCCUCAUCCUCCAGGGAAAGGUGGAGGUGGAAGCGGGAAAGGAGGGGAUGAAGUUUGAAGCCGGAGCUUUUUCCUCCUACGGAGUGAUGGCUCUGACAGCGUCGCCAGAGAACAAGUCUCCCCCGAGACCGUUUGGACUGAACCACUCGGACUCUCUGAACCGCAGCGACCGCAUAGAAGCCAUCACUCCCACACUGGGGAGCAGCAACAACCAGCUCAACGCCUUCCUGCAGGUGUACGUGCCCGACUACUCCGUCAGAGCAGUCUCCGACCUGCAGUACAUCAAGGUGACGCGGCAGCAGUACCAGAACGCCAUCAUGGCCUCGCGCAUGGACAAGACGCCCCAGUCCACGGACGGCGAGUACACCAAAAUCGAAUUGACUCUGACGGAGCUCCACGACGGUUUGGCGGACGAGACGUCGAACCUGCUGAACCAGCAGCAGCCGCCCCCGCAGCAGAACUGCGUGCCGCACGGCAAACCCAAUCACACUGUGCACACUGAGGGCGCCAUCUAGCCCCGCACGCCCCCGGGAGGGAGAGAGAGAGGGAGGGAGAGAGAGAGAGCAAGAGCGAGAGAGAGAGCGAGAGAGAGAGAGCGCCCGCACGCCACACCCGACCCGCGGCCGUCCCCUGCGGACGGGGCCGCUCAACUGUCCACAUCCAUGACAACGCACCCGGACGGACCAGCCAGGAAGUGCCCAGACCAAAGAGUUUGGUCCCUUUAACUGCAGGGAGGCGCGAGCGAGGACGGAGCAAUAUUACGGACACAAGGCAAGCACGCACGCACGCAGACAAUAUGGUGAGUCAAAGACUGUGCCAAAUACCGCUUUGAAGGAAACCAUGAACCAAGAAUGUUUUCAUGUAUUUAUUUAUUUUAUAUAUGUAUGUGUGUAUGCGUGUAAAUGUAUACCCAAUAUAUAUAUAUGCACUAGUCGCGCAUGUAUAUGUACCCAUAUAUUUACACAUACAUCCAUGUAUAUGUAUAUGUGAGGGUCUUUUUGCAAAUAUGUAUAUUGCAAAUCUUGUUAUUUUUACUGUUGUUCUAAAUCAGGCUUACGGUACAGUAUCUUUUUGCCACCUUUUUAAAAAUCAGAUUUGACAUUCGCCUUUUAAAAUCGUAUUAAUUUCUUAACAAGUGCAAUGAACCACAAUUUUAUUUAAGAGAUGAUUAUGGAUUAAAUCACUGUAUUGUAAAUUACAGAUAUAUAGGUAUGUAUGUAUGUAUGUAUGUAUAUUUGUUUGGAAUGUUGUUUGUAUUUGUCCAUGGGCAGAGCGAUCACAGUCACAGAUUUUACUGUUCCUAAUGCUGCAGUUCGAUGUUGCCAAGGCUGAUUUUCCUGUGACACAACCUCCCCUAUCCACACACACACAGUCACACACACACACACACACACACACACACACACACACCCACACACACGGUCACAUCCUUGGGGUGGUAAAACAUGGUCCUCUUCAGCCACCGUACUCUGUCAGUGUGGAUCAAAGAUGGCGCAUGUUCAGUGUAACAUUUGUUCACUGGUCAGUGAAAUUCAGCAUUAUUUUCCUUUCUAUAUUUUAUGGACUUGAUAAUUGCACAGUAUUAUCAACUGGAGCUGUCCAGCAUGCUGAUUGUAUUAAAAAAAAAAAUCAAAAACAUUCUCACGUGAUAGAAAAAAUGGCUACAGCAGACAAUACAAUGUAUUCAGCAUUUUCAUGUACAUGGUACAGUACUGUAAGCUAAUUUGAGUUACACUCCACUGAUGUGUUAAUGGGUAUUAGUGUGAAAUGGCAUUGCGCAUGGAUUACAUUUCCUUGUCUUAACACUGGAUACAUUCGGACCGUUUUUUUAUUUGUUUGUUGUCGCUGACGCUCAGGAUGAACAAUCAUCUUUCUUUUUCCUGAAAGUAACAAAAAUGUGACUCUGAUUAUCUUACCCCUGGACACUUUCUAUAAUAUAUGUCUAAAAUGUUUAUUUACACAUAUGCAGAAUGUAUACAUAGUCAUUGACAAAAGUAUUUAUAUAUUUCUAACUGAAAUUGUACAUGGUGUUUGUUACUAUCAUUAGGUUUUUGUUUUUCCUGUUUUUAUUUUGUGUUUUUUUUAUUUUAAUUGCUGAUUGCUUACAUUAGCAGGAUAUAUUGAGGUAUAUUUCAUACGAGGGCCAAUUUGGGGAAAAACAUAGGGGCUGUGCAUCGAAAUAUCUGGCCCCAAGCAGCACUGUAGUGCAGAUCUGUGCAUGGAUGUUCCUGACCAACUUCCGACUGACAGGCCAACCCAAGCCUGAUGCCUUCCCCAAGCCCCCUCACUUCUGUUAAAGCUACACAGUUAAGGGCAUUUAGAUUUUCUAUUUAGGUCUCGACUCUUGCCAUACGCUGUAACAUAAAGGAGAAAGCUUCCUGGAAGCACACAGGUAACAGGCAACCGAGACAGAACUGUAAAAGAGAAUGCAAAUGUUUUGAACCUCAGAACUUGUGAAGCCAGUUUUCUUUUUCUACCAGACACUAUGUACAUGAUGUAAUUCAAUGUGCAAUAGCUGGAUUUGUAUACUUUGCCAGGAAUGCUGUGCACAGAUUCUGGCUGUUCUUAAUCCCUUGGAGAAGUUGGAGAAACAAUCAUACUGGUUUUCCUCUGUGUACAGGGACUAGAAGGUUGUGCUGCUGUUAGUAGCAUCGUCUUGGCCUUGGGUGACGAGACUUUUUAAUCUAGCCAAUAAAAACGUAUUCAUCCAAGGUUAA